AUGAAGUUCUCUACGACUCUUGCCACUGCUUCUUCUCUCAUCGCCUCUGCGUACGCCGCGCCUGCGAUCCGCGCGCGCGUCGACGACACGACUUCAUCCUCGAACUCCUCCAUGUCAUUGAAUGGAACGGUCAACUUAGCGCAAUCGGGCUCGAAGGGAGCUGCAUACUUUAUCACCAACGAUCCUUCGGGCAACUACAUAGUGUCGGCGAACAUCAACGGAGAUGGGUCCCUUACUCUCACUAAUGCCGUCUCUACCGGUGGCCUCGGCGAGCACGGCAAUGUGACAGGCGCGGACCCUCUGUACUCGCAGGGUGCGAUUGUCGUGAACUCCAAGACCAAUAUGCUCGCCACUGUCAACGCUGGCUCCAACACGAUAUCGCUUUUCUCGAUUGACCCAUCCUCGCCUACGACGCUCACGGCAGUCGGCGCACCAGUCGCAUCCGGCGGCGAGUUCCCGCAGAGCGUAGCUUUCAGCGAUGCCGGAGACAAGCUCUGCGCGCUCAACGGCGGCUCCCUCGACGGUAUUCAGUGCUUCUGGGUCAACGCCACUACCGGUCUCAAGUCCGUUACGAACACGCAUCGCUGGCUCGGAUUGAAUCAGUCCACUCCCGCCACGGGACCUGCCGGAACAGCCAGUCAGAUCAUCUUCAGCGAGGACCAAAAGUCAGUCUACGCGGCCGUGAAGGGAAACCCGGCCAUAAAUGCCACGGGGUUCAUCGCCGCAUGGGAUGUCGCCGAAGAUGGUGCGCUCUCUGAGGAGUUCUACCGCAUCACCCUCCCGCCCGGUGCCGCCCUUCCGUUCAGCUUGAACUACAUCCCGGGCAGCAAUGGUAGCCUGCUCGUUACGGAUGCUGCUGUCGGCGUCGACGUGUUCGACUUCGCUCAGGGCCUCGACGCCGUCUCCAGCAACCGCGCUACACUCGCGUACCCGAUUGCCAACCAGAGUGCUGUUUGCUGGGCAGCAUGGAGCAACGCUACCGGUAGCUUCUACGUCACCGACUUCAACACGGGCCGUAUCUCGGAGCUCGCUGUCGACCCAACUACGCUGAACAUGACGUUCAUCGCGGAUUACUACACGCAGGAGAAUGCCGGGCUCAUUGACCUCGAGGUUGCCUCGAUUGAUGGGGACGACUACCUCUACGUUGCUAUGGGUGGGGCCGCGGCUAUCCAGGUGUUCUCGUUGCCGGCUGCUGGUCAAGCCACUAAGCUACAAACUGUUGAUCUCUCAGGUCCCGCUGCCGCCGUCGGUCUUCCUCUGACGGGUGAGAACAUCCAGGGUAUGGCCGUGUACGUUAUCCAGUAG